GUCUUGGUAAUUGCUCCUUUCAUCUUUUUCUCCCUACUUCCUCUCAGAAAUGUACCGGUAUUGCUCUCAUCUCUUUAUUCAGCAAAGGCAGACUCACAGUCUCUCGAGACCCUCGUCCAUUAAAAAGACGCUCGCAGAUCUUAGCGACGUUCUUGAGAAGGGAAGGAUCCAGUGCGGCAUCCCCGGAAUGAGUGUGGCCAUCCUCCACAAGGGCAAGCUCAUCUUUGCAGAGGGGUUCGGAAAGAGAAACGAACAAGAACCCUUCACCUCGGAGACAUUGGCACCUAUCGGAUCUCUCACAAAGGCCUUUACAGCCACAGCCAUUGGUGAAUUGAUUGCAGAAGGAAAGAUGGAUUGGGACACGACAUCGGUUAACAAGUACCUGCCAGAGUUUGAGCUCAAGGACCCAGUCCUGACUUCUCAAUUGACACUCGUCGACCUUCUCUCUCAUCGCACGGGUCUACCACGCAACGUUGGAUAUUCCUGGUACAGGACCACAGAGAGCAGAAGAGACCUUAUCAAGCGCUUGAAGCACGUUGAGAUGACCUCCAAGCUAGGCUCCAAAACUCAAUACAACAAUAUCAUGUACGCGGUCGCAGGAGAGGCUGCAGCCAACGUCGCAGGAAUUCCAUACGAGAAACUCGUUGAAACAAAGAUUCUAGAGCCAUUAGGGCUAACCAAUACUGGAUUCUCGCCUAUGGAGAUGAAGAAGCGAUCACCCAACCAUGCCAUGCCCUUUUCUGCGGAAUCAUUACGGGACGCACGAAAGGGACUCUACGUGAUGGACUCUCUAGACGAAGUUUACAUGGCAUGUGCACCUGCCGGUGACAUGUAUUCCAAUGCCUUGGAUCUAGUUCGCUGGGGUAAGAUUGUCAUGAGCAGCGGCAAAAUUGAUGGCGACCAGGUCCUAAAUAAGGAGGCUCUUCGAGAGACCUUGACCGCGCACACCAUCACGGCAAGUCUAAGGGGCUCAUCCGAUUUUGGGCGGGUAGUUGCCUAUGGCAUGGGCUGGGCCCUGGAUUCUUUCAAGGGACAGACUUAUUACACGCACGAUGGCGCCAUCUCCGGUUUCCAGGCACGCUUGGACAUUUUUCCAGACGCUGAUUUGGUCGUUGCUCAACUUUUCAACAUAAGUGUCGCGGAUUGGUCCCACGGUGUUGCGUGCUAUAUUGCAGAUGAGGUUCUCGAUUUGCCCAAGACUCGAGAUUGGAUCUUUGAUUUCGCUAUCAAAUCAACUGAAAUGGCGUACAAUGAGCGCGAAGCUGGACUCAAAGGCAAUCUUCCCAAGCGUAUUCCAAGCAAACAGGCAGCCCAGGACUUGCAUGCCUAUGAGGGUGAAUACACCAAUCCGAUAUUGGGCGAUGCUUCCGUUCGAGUGGACGUGGACAAGAAGACAGGAAAGGAGACUCUGAUUUGUAAGAUAAGCGCUUUUGACAGCAAAAUGGAGCAUUAUCAUUUUGACGCGUUUGUCGUCCGUCUGAAAGAUGCACUCGCCGCGAUGGCAGGUCUCGUGACAUUUCGAACAGGAGGUCAUGGCAAAGUGGAAGGGCUUCACUUCUUUAAUGAGGAGUUCAAGAGGAAGGACAAUUCCAAUGCCGGCCCUUAUGAAGCCAAAGAGAAGCAAUAAAUUUCUAAUUUUUGACCAAGG